AAACACGAGGAAGAAAAAAACCUGCCUCGGUUUCGUAGUCGUAGCAAGUAAUCCCACCCGCUCUCCGGCCCGCCCCGGGCACCUGACGCGGCGACCGCCCGGGCCGGCUACGGCGCAGCUUCACCGGCCGAUCGGCUGGUCCUUCCGCUCCGCCCACUCUCGUAUCCGACCGGCCGACCACCGCGCCGUCGUCCGUUUCGGCCUCCGCGGCUCCUCCCCGAGAUCACCUGAAAAGGCAAGCGAAACCAGCCCAAACCCACCGGGGGAAAAAAAACGCGAGUCAUUUCGUCUUCGGUAGGAUCGCUCGGUGGCUCUCGCCCAUCCUGCCCCCAGCUGCCUCCCCCCUUCCCUCGUUCUUCCGAUUUCUCCGCCAACUCGUUUUCUUCCGCGCAAUUUGUUGCGCGGGUCAUCGCCACCGGCGACUGGGGGCAGCAGCUACAAGCCAGGUCUCUCGUCGAGGAGAGGCCUCGCUCUCCGCCUCCCCCUCUCUACCGGUGCCGUGGAGCGGAGAUCCAACCGGACUUGGAUCGGUACCGUCUUCUGGUAAGCAGACGUGGCGUGCUUGGAUGGAUUCUAGAGCCUAACCACUAGUGAUUGUUCUCUCUUUGCAAGAUCAAUAAUCGGUUGAGCUUACACCAUCGGACUUGGUAGCCAAGAUAAAGGCUGUUGGUCGAUUGCCAUUUUGAGCAAUAUGGGUUGGCUGACGAAGUUUUUUAGAGGUUCAACCCACAAUAUCUCGGAAGGGCAGUAUCACAGUAGGCUUGCAGAGGAGCCAGUAUGGAAUGAACCCUCUAGUUCGCCUGUUGUAACUGACAUCCUUUCAGAGUUUAACAAUGAGGAUAUUGACCGUGCUAUAGCACUCUCUCUAUCAGAAGAGGAACAAAGAAAGGCAAAGUCAAUAGAAAAGGACAUGCAUUUGGAGGAGGAUGAACAACUUGCAAGAGCUAUCCAGGAAAGUUUGAAUGUUGAAUCACCCCCUCGCGGAAAUGGCAGUGCCAAUGGUGGGAAUACAUAUCAUCCACCCCGCGAAAAUGGCAUUGCCAAUGGUGGCAAUACCAAUACAUAUCAACAACCUCGCGAAAAUGGCACUCCCAAUGGUGGCAAUACAUAUCAACCAUUACCAUUUAUGUUCUCAUCUGGAUUCAGGGCAUGCGCAGGAUGUCACAGAGAGAUUGGUCAUGGGCGUUUUCUCAGUUGCAUGGGGGCUGUUUGGCAUCCAGAAUGUUUUCGUUGCCAUGCCUGUAGUCAACCAAUAUAUGACUAUGAGUUCUCCAUGUCGGGAAAUCAUCCGUACCAUAAAACUUGCUACAAGGAGCGCUUUCACCCAAAAUGCGAUGUCUGCAAGCAAUUUAUUCCUACAAAUAUGAAUGGCCUUAUUGAAUAUAGGGCGCAUCCUUUCUGGUUACAAAAAUACUGUCCGUCACAUGAGGUGGAUGGUACUCCAAGGUGCUGUAGUUGUGAAAGAAUGGAGCCAAGGGAAUCAAGAUAUGUAUUGCUGGAUGAUGGUCGUAAGCUCUGCCUGGAGUGCCUUGAUUCUGCAGUGAUGGAUACAAGCGAGUGCCAACCUCUUUAUCUCGAAAUUCAGGAAUUUUAUGAAGGUCUGAAUAUGAAAGUGGAACAGCAGGUUCCUCUGCUUCUGGUAGAGAGACAGGCUUUAAAUGAAGCCAUGGAAGGAGAGAGGGCUGGUCACAACCAUCUUCCAGAAACAAGAGGAUUGUGCUUAUCAGAAGAACAGACGAUUAGCACGAUACUGCGGAGACCAAGAAUGUCUGGAAACAAAAUUAUGGAAAUGGUAACAGAGCCAUAUAGGCUAACACGGCGAUGUGAAGUGACUGCAAUUCUCAUUCUGUAUGGUCUCCCAAGGUUGUUGACAGGUUCAAUUUUAGCUCAUGAGAUGAUGCAUGCGUGGUUGCGACUUAAAGGAUACCGGACACUCAGUCCAGAUGUAGAAGAGGGCAUAUGCCAAGUUCUUGCUCACAUGUGGAUUGAGUCAGAGAUCAUGGCAGGAUCAGGCAGUAAUGCUGCAUCGAAGUCUUCAGCCUCUACGACAUCCACAUCAUCGGGGGGACGGUCUCAGUUUGAGCGGAAGCUUGGGGAUUUUUUCAAGCAUCAGAUUGAGUCGGAUACCUCUAUGGCCUACGGAGAUGGUUUCAGAGCUGGGAAGCGGGCUGUUCUCCAGUACGGCCUAAAAUGCACCCUUGAGCAUAUCCGGCGUACAGGGUCCUUCCCAUUUUGAAAUGACAUGGACUCACAUUUUGGCGAAACUUAUAUUAUAUAUAUGACUGUCAUUCAGAGCUCAUUUACAGGGAAAGAAAGGGAUUUGAAAUGUGCAACUGUACAAACAUUCUUUUCAGAUAUAUCUUGGAAGGGCUAACUACAUUAUUGAAUGAGUUGAGAUGGCUAGCCUGACCAAUCAUUUGUAUUGUGACCAAACUAUGGACCGAAAACAACAGUAAUUUUUUUAUACCA